AGAGUCUUUGGAGAAUAUAUAAAGCAUUGAAUAGUCCUCCAACUUUACCAUUCGUACACCAGCAGCCGUGAAUAAAUCUGGGUCGGCAUUGUAAGAUAAUGGGCUCCCCUAUAACCAGUCUUGCAUGCUUGCUCAUUAUUAUAAUCUCUGUUCAUGGCGGUCCUGAUCCCACCUUGGAUGACCACUGGAAGCUAUGGGUUCUGAAUCACCAGAAAGUUUACAUGAAUGUGAUGGAAGAGAUGAGAAGACGGAUGAUCUGGGAAGAUAAUCUGAAAUUUGUCACCAUCCACAAUCUGGAGUACAGUCUGGGGCUUCACACUUAUGAGGUUGGAAUGAACCAUCUGGCAGACAUGACAUCGGAGGAAGUAGUGGCCACAAUGACGGGUUUUCGGGCUCCUGAGAUCACAGAACUGAAUUCCACGAAACAAUUUGCUAAACAGAAUGAUAAAGUUCCAUAUUCAGUUGACUGGAGAACUAAAGACUGUGUCACAGAAGUGAAGGACCAGGGACACUGUGGAUCUUGCUGGGCUUUCAGUGCAACAGGCGCUCUGGAAUGCCAGAUGAAGCUGAAGACCGGAAGGUUGCAGUCGCUGAGCGAACAGGAGCUUGUGGAUUGCAGCAGGAGAUAUGGAAACCACGGAUGUAAUGGAGGAUGGAUGGAAUUGGCCUUUAGAUACAUCGUUGAUCAUGGACUUGCACUGGAAUCCUCAUACCCGUACCAAGGAGAGCAAGGCAUCUGCUCCUCUGCUCCUAACGCUGUUACAUGCCGGGGUUAUGAGAUGUUGCCAUUUGGAAAUGAACUGGCUCUUCAACAAGUGGUGGGAACCGUGGGACCCGUGUCUGUGACUGUGGAUGCUUCUCAAUGGUCUUUCUAUCUGUACACAAGAGGUGUGUACUAUGACCCCAACUGCCGUCCAGGGAACAUUAACCAUGCAGUGCUGGCAGCUGGAUACGGUACAGAGAAUGGAGCUGACUACUGGCUGAUUAAAAACAGCUGGGGCAGAGACUGGGGCGAUGGAGGGUACAUCAAAAUGGCCAGAAAUCGUGACAACCAUUGUGGAAUCGCCAACUACUGUGUCUAUCCGGUUGUGUGAGAGUGGAAAUGCUGGAUAUCCUUUCCAUACCUAGCUAUGAGUAAGACCCUGUUUGGGCCGAAGCGCGCGUGCCGGCUUUACUAUAUUGGCUUUCCGUACCUUGCAUUUGGUCUGCUUUUCAUUGCAACAAUAAAACGAUCUAUGCUGUGUUUGCAAGA